AUCCAUGUAUCCAUAUAUAUAUAUAUAAAUAUUAUAUACAAUAGAUAGAUGUGUGUGUAUUGCCUUCGCAACUCUCUCUCUCACAGUGUCAGAUGGAAAGCGAAGAAAGAAACUUUAAAUGAUUAUAAUAUAAUACUCUCGGAAUAGAGUACAAAAGUUAGAUAUCAUGAUAUCUUAGGAAUGUCAGACCAGGUAGUAGCCCAUGUAGCCCUGUGUUUUGACAAAUAGAUGAACGGGGGGAAAGAUAGAGAGAGAAGGGGGCUUUUUGAAUCAAGAUUUUGCAGGGGGCCUAAAAGGGUGUUUUCUUUUUAGCUUCUUUUUAAUGGUGGUGAUGGAUUAAUGAUGGAAAAAGUUUCUUCGUGAGCCGUGAUGGGUUGUUGAGUCGUUGCUGCUGCUUCUUCUGCUGCCAUUGUUACAUCUAUUGUACACUGAAGCAAUUCAUGGCCGUGACAGCUACUAAGCUGUACCACAUGCCUUUUUUCUCUUGGGCUUCGAAUCAAAUCACGCAAGACAACCCCCCUCCUCCUCCUCCUCCUCCCUCUUCUAACUGGGAGUUAUUAUUUCAGCUUUUGGAAGUCGUCGUUGCUCUCAUUAAGUUUGGUGGAGGUCGAUAUUGGAGCUUUGCUGCUUGAAGAGGAACCGCCGGCGGAUGGCAUCAACUUCUGGUGGGAACCAAAGUCCAAUGUCUCCAUUGAAGGAGCAAAUGCAGACCUCUGGAUAUCAUCCAUACCCUCCACCUCUUGCAGAGUAUGAUGAUGUUGUGGCAAGUCCUAGCCUCUUUAUGACUACUCUGGAGAAGCUCCAUUCAACUAUGGGGACCAAAUUCAUGAUUCCUAUUAUUGGGGGCAAAGAGCUCGACUUGCAUCGGUUAUUUGUUGAAGUAACUUCUCGCGGUGGCAUUGAAAAGAUCAUUAGGGAGAGACGAUGGAAAGAUGUGACUGCAAUCUUCAAUUUCCCCUCCACUGCAACAAAUGCCUCAUUUGUGCUGCGCAAGUAUUAUGUUUCACUGCUUCAUCAUUAUGAACAAAUUUACUAUUUCAAGGCCCGCAUUUGGACUCCUCUCUCUGCUGGAACUCUGCAGAGCCCCCCUGUGCCAACAUUUUUGGCACAACAGAUGGAAGCUAUGCAUCCUGCGCAAGAAACCAAAGUGCCAAUGACUCUGCAACCAAGGACAACAGCAUCGGACUUGCCUCGAGCAGGCACUACCUCACCUGCGAAUUCUCCAGUGGUGGGAGUUAUUGACGGGAAAUUUGAAAGUGGGUACCUAGUAACUGUUACAAUAGGCUCGGAGAAGUUAAAGGGUGUACUUUACCAAACGCCUCAGAGCGCUGCUGGAAAAAUGCCUCAGCAAUUCAAUUUCUCCAUCAAUAAUAACAAUGUAGCUGGAAGUUCUGGCAUUCAACGUCGGCGCAGAAGGAAAAAAUCUGAGAUCAAGAGGAGGGAUCCCGCACAUCCGAAACCUAACAGAAGCGGUUAUAAUUUCUUUUUUGCUGAGCAGCACGCAAGAUUGAAACCUCUCCACCCUGGGAAGGACAGAGAGAUUAGUAGGAUGAUCGGCGAACUUUGGAACAAGCUAAACGAAUCUGAAAGAACUGUUUAUCAAGACAAAGCGCUCAAAGAUAAAGAAAGGUACAAGAUGGAGAUGGAGAGCUACAGGGAGAGAUUGAGGAUGGGCCAGGUCGUCAGUGAUGCCGUGCCCCUGCAACAACGACUUCCCGAAUUGGAUGUGGACAUGGCAGAUGUGGAUGCAAAUCCUGAAGAGACUGAAGAGGGGAAUUCUCCCCAAACCCAAGAUAAUGAGAGUAGCACCGAUAAAAGCUUUUCUGAGGAGGAUGACAAAGACACUGAGAAGGAAUUGGAUGUGGAGGCUUCACCUGUAUGUGCUGCAGUCCUCGAGAGUAGCAAUUUGGAUGUCAAUGAGGCACAUCCUCAGAUGGAUGUUGCAAAUGUAGAGGAGGGUCGUGAGAAGCAGGACAUAGCCAUUGACAAUGUUGAAGUGGCAGAAAGCGUCAGAGAUGGGAUUGAAAAUGUCGAAGAUGUAGACAAAGAAAAAUUGGGCCAAUCUUCUAGCUGAAUGAUGAAUUUUUUUGCUUUGAAAUAUUUUCAGGGAAGAUAAUCGGCAGUGAUUUUUCAGUUCUAAUUUUCUUUAGUGGUUCUAAUGUUGUUUAGUGAGAGCUACAUGUUCCUUUGCAGAAUUAGUAGUUUUAAGUUGUGGUCAAACCUGGAUAGUUUUGGUCUUUGUUAGGAAGAAACUUCUCUUCACGAGUUGAAAUUUGAAUCGAGUAACUGUGCAUGUUCACAAAGACUGCA